GGUUAGGUAGUUUCCUUACUUGAGCUAUAACUCCUUCCUUUGAUGACAGCUUUUGAAACGCUUGAGUAACAUAGCAGGUGCAUAGUUAUCAUAUAAGGAAGGGGAGAUAGAGUGGAUUACGGCAUUUGACUUUAUGUAAUAAUAUGUAUAAUAUGACAGGCGCAAUCAGUUGUGGAGGAACCAACGGCGGAUAGCCUUUCAGCCUUUUCAGCCUUUUCAGCCCUUUAAACUUAGCGGGGUUGACAGCAGGGGGAAUCGACUGAAUCAACUGUGGGGUCCGCUAUAUCAUCCACUGUAAUUCUCGGUAACUUUACCCUGUUAGUCGCGUGCACGGGUCAAUAGCACAAAGACCCCUGAUUCUUACCAACAUUCCAAACUAUUCCCAUAAAAGAGACUUUGUCUUAAGAACCACCACCAUGUCGUCGUCAACUAGCUUAAGCCGCACACGCUCGCUUCAAAAACCUACUUCCGGAAGCAAUGCAUCAUCACGGGGAAAUGUACCCUCGGCGCGUAACGAGGCUAGGAACACGUCGCCUAGCAGACUACCGGUGAAACCCACCAUGACGACUCGAUCCAUGGCAUCGAAUACAACAACCUCCUCCUCUACUAUCACUGCGCGAAGAACAGCAAGCUCUACUAUUACGGGGAGACCUCCUUCAGGCACUUAUAGCAAGGUUCCGUCCGCACGCUCAGAUAAUGCUGGAAAUCCUGCAGCGAAAGCUCCCAGGCCUCUAGGCAGAGCAUCGUCUACGCGUCAAGUUUCAUCCUCGGCAACGACAACAGCAGGAUCAAUCCCCUCAACCCGCUCCGCAAGUUCAACCGUCAACCGACCGAGAUCAUCCGGCGGUCCGCCUCCAACAGCUUCUAACCGACCUAUCGGACACUCGCGAUCCAAAUCCACAGUCACGAGCCUCACGGCCGCAACAACCCUCCGCCCUGCCGCUCAAUCCCGGAUAUCUCAAACAUCAUCUACAUCGUCGGGCCGCACGAGCCCUGCCCCAAGCGCAGUCACAACAGCGAGCUCGAAAGCCCCGGCGCGGCAAACACGCUCCCAGACGCACACGCGCACGAAAUCGCAAUCUCAACCCUCCACCACCUCUACCUCACAGCAGCCCACCAGCCGUCCGGCGUUCAACACACACCAACAGCACUACAGCCCAGCCAAGUCUCUCGCGCCGAAACCUCUAACAUCCACCUUCCUCGCACCCCCCUCGCCCUCCAAGCUCCCCGCCAACGUCGCCAUCUCCGCCGAGACCAGCCGUCUGCAGACGGAACUACUCCAGCUCUCGCUUCUUCACCGCGACGCCGCCGUUGUAGACUCCGAGUGGCGGGAUAGCGCGCGCCAGAAGCUCGGGGCGCGAUUCGCGCGGCUAAACGCCGACCACGACGCCCUCAUCAAGCUCGAGAGACACGGGGUCGAGGCCCGGAAUAUCGCAGCGCUUGUGCGGUGGGGCAAAAGCAAUCGAUCGGGGCUCGGGCUAGAAGAGAAAGUCCAAAUCCUCGACGAAGCCCUCAACGGCGUCUGGCAGCUCGGCGAGCCCGGCGGGCGCUACCAGCGCGUCGUAGCCGACUUCGAAGUCUGGGCCGAGCGCAUGGCCUCCAUCAUCGCAGCCCAGCGCUCCGGAGACGUCGAAGGUCUAAUCGCCGGCGACGAGGUACAGUUCCUAGGCGACUUAGACCGGACCUGGGCGCGCGACUGCGAGAGCCUAUUGCGGAAGCUCGAGGGGUGGCGGACUGCUCUACGGGAUCUCGGCGACGUCGAUGAUGACUCUAUAGCCGACUCUGGGCUAGCGCGGAUGGUGCGCGGCGGCCGCUCGCUCGUCGACGAUAUGCUGGCCGAACUGGUGGUCAUGAGGCAGAUCGAGCGGGACGCGGCGAGGGCGGAGAACGAGUGGAUCACGCGGAUGAACAAGGCGAUCGAGGACGAAGACGACGAUACCCCCGCCGCGCGGGCGUACGUGCCGCUGUGGAAGCUGGCGGCAUGAGGGUAUUUGUCUGGUUGUUUGUUUGUUUGUUUGUUUGUUGGCUUGCUGAGAGUUGUGUUAUUAGAUUCAGACUGUACAAUAUUAAGUUAUACGAUGGUUACGAAUAAUGAUAAUUAUAAGGUUAAAUGAUAACAUGUAACCUAGUGGGUGGUAUACUUACAUAGGUUGUUUCGCUUAUGCGCUUCGUGUUCCUAGAAAACCUACCUAACCUACGAAACUUCUAAAUGGAGGCCCGUUAGCGGCCAGUCUAUGUGGACAUGCAAGGUGAUGAGAUACGCUAUUACAUG